AUGGGCCAUGAGACUCUCCGCGCCCACGAGAAAAACCCAGCUGGGUGCACGGUGAUUGGCACCGGAGGGAUCCUCUCCCUCACCCUGUACGAUGAAAUUCAUGGAAUGCAUGCUUGCGCUGCAGCCAACCCCAGCGCGUCUCCGCGAGGCUCAGCCAGUGUCAUUCAUCUCGUCCGACUCGUCGCGUGCUGGCCACCACGGUGUGGUGAUAAGCAGCGCAUCGAGGAGCCAAUCAUCAUGAUUCGAUCCCACGAGCCCAAGACACGAGACGAGUUUACUUCUGCACCUCAUGCACUGUUCCUCUCAAGAUGGCUACCCGAGUUCUGGCGAAACCGUGUCUGCCAACCUUGA